AGUCUGGUUUGGGCUUGAAGAAGGCAGCAUGUGUGGCUGUGUGCUAUAGUAGUUUUCUAUGUACCGAAGUCUGGGACAUGACUGAGGAUUCCCUUGUUUGCUCGUAGGAUGGAUGCAUGCUGCUGACUGGCCGGCUGUUACUCAAACAAGGACACAACUGUUACCAGAACGCAAGGAGCAACCGUCAAGCAAGAACAGAGCUGAUACCACUAUUUGAGAAUGAGCGCAUUGCACCCAAAGUACUUUCCCGCGCUGAUGUGCUGACACGGAUGAUGCUGCAACUUCAUCAAAGUUGAACCAUGGGAAACGUGGAGAGCCAAAAUGGGGAGCUGUACCGAGAUGCUUCGGGGCACAUAUCUCGAAAACACACAUCCCACUCCCUUCGCCUCGGCUCCAAACAACCAGCUAUUACGCGGCGUUCCAGACUCUCUUCCUCUGUCAAACAAGAACACCGAAACUCCGAGGCCUCAACACGUUCCUCCAGCACACCCAGUAUCCCACAAUCCUUAGCAGAAAAUGGAAUUGACCCCUUCGAUGCUCCAGAUGGAUUUGGAGAUUUUGGGAUCAACCCUCACUGGACACAGCGGAUGGCGAUGACAUUGAGGCCUGAGUCAUUCCAACAUGAUGAUGAUAAUUUAGCCACGCCCACCCCGGAGACUUCAGAGGCAGAUACAGUUGCCCCAGAUGGAGAAGAGGAUUCCAUGGGGGAAGGGGAAGAUGUUGGUGAUGAGAGGUACAUGCUGAGGAUGAGUGAUGGAGUUCAAGAUGGCGGCAGCAGUUUCAAAAAGAAGCGCUCAAAGUCAGCAGAUAUGUGGAGGGAGGACAGCCUGGAGUUUUCACUGUCAGACUUGAGCCAUCUGACGAGCACUGAAGAGAUCAUUGAUGGAGCAGAGGAGGAGGAGGAGUUCACACAUCCCAGAGGCAGCACAGGGUCGGCUGAGAGGGCAUCGUCACUGGACCAUCUGUGUGGCCAGCAGAGUCCGGGCCUCAGGGGGCAGAGAAAACUCUUCACCAAAAACCGCAGUGAGCCCGACUGUGAUGGUGAUGAAGAUGAGGGUGAGGAGGGGCUCAUGUCUCCCACAGAUGAAGAGGGCAGCGGGUACGGGGCGUUCACUCUUCCCUGUCGGAGGUCCCACUGUCUCUCAGAGGGCCUCUUAGGGCUGGGAAUACCUGCGCCUACAUAUCCCACUUUUCAAGGACGGAGAGCACAGACUACACAGGAUAUUUCUGGUGUGUUGGGUGAAGGCAGUGAAUAUGGAGACAGUGGAAUUGAUGGUGUUACCGCGGAGAUGGAUGGAGAGGCGGAGCUCCUGUCACGCCGCUGUAAGGCCAUGUCCACCUCCUUCUCCGUGUACUCUGCGGCAGACAGCAGUAUUUUCAAUGGGAGCGACAGCGGCAGUAGCAGCGCUGGAGGAGAUGGCAGAGGGGGCGAAGGGGGGAGAGGAGGGAUCUAUGAGAACUUCCGAAAAGAGUUAGACAAUCAAGCAUGGGCUCACUCCGGCAAAGACGGCACAGAGGAGGGAGGGUCAGCGGCGAGCGAUGAGCAGAGCAGUGGCACCCUCAGCAGCGCCUAUCCGUCAGACCCUGCGGUGGGCUCAGCUCAAGGCACCGUCCGCAAGGCUGGAGCACUGUCUGUGAAGAACUUUCUGGUUCAUAAGAAAAACAAAAAAGUGGAGACAGCCACAAGACGCAAAUGGAAACGCUAUUGGGUCUCACUGAGAGGUUGCACUCUGUACUUGUAUGAAACAGACGGUCGAUCGGGGAUAGACCAUAACAGCACUCCUAAACAUGCCCUAUGGGUAGAGAAUAGCAUUGUACAGGCUGUGCCCGAACAUCCGAAGAAAGACUUUGUCUUCUGCCUCAGUAACUCAAUUGGAGAUGCAUUCCUCUUCCAGACGUCGAGUCAGACAGAGCUGGAGAACUGGAUAACUGCAAUCCACUCGGCCUGCGCCACGGCUCUGGCCCGUCAGCACCACAGGGAGGACACGGUGAGACUGCUCCGGACCGAGAUCCGAAAACUGGAGCAGAAGAUCGACAUGGACGAGAAGAUGAAGAAGAUGGGAGACAUGCAGCUGUCCACAGUCACUGACACCAAGAAGAGGAAGACCAUACUGGAGCAGAUCUUCCUGUGGGAACAAAACCUGGAGCGUUUUCACAUGGAUCUGUUCCGCUGCCGGUGCUACCUGGCCAGUCUGCAGGGGAGUGAGCCCCCCAAUCCCAAACGCCUGCUGGGCUGUGCCUCACGGCCCUCCAAACUGGCUAUGGGACGAUUAGGGAUCUUCUCUGUCUCCUCUUUUCAUGCUCUGGUGUCAGCGCGGACAGAAUGCAGUAUCAGACGGAGAAGCCAAGCUGCCAUGCCACGCACCUCCAGCAAACGCAAAAGUCGCUUCUCCUCCCUCUGGGGCCUGGACACCACCUCCAAGAGAAAGAGCAAGGCACAUCCCUCCAUCAAUCAGGUCUUUGUCGAUGGGAUGGAGCCAGUACGAAAACCUUUGGAACAGAUGUUUGAGGACUCUGCAAGCGAGAAAUCUAAGGAGAAAGAAGGCUCGGUGAAAAGUCUUCCACAGCAGAACAUGGACAGUGACAUCUGGGUGCCCGAUUAUCUGGCUCCGUCCUGGGUGUGUUUACCCAAUGACCAGCCCGUCCUCGCCAUCAUCCGACCUGGAGAGACAGCGCUGGAGGUUCUCAGCUCUGUCUGCAAGACCCACAAGCUUGAAACAUCAAGCCACUACCUUCGAUUAAAAGUCUGGGUUGAUCACCAAAUGCUCAUCUAUGUGCCAAAACUCGAGGAGGAAAUUUCUGAUGUGCUCUACAAAGAGAUUGAGAUCAGCGCAAAAGCUACAAAGGUGGUCUGCUUUGACAAAUAUGAGUCCUGCACUGCAGGAUAUGGUUUUUCUGUGGCAGUGAUUGAUGAGGACGGCACCCAGCAGCUGCACAUCACUGAAGUCAAACCUGAUGGACUGGCAGCAUCCAAAGGUAUUCGAGCGGGGGAUGAGAUCUUGUUUCUGAAUGGUAAAUCAGCGUGUGCUCUGGACAUGGAGGACAUGAGGGGUGCAUUUGUGAACCAGGCUGUGACCCUGACUGUGAGUGUCCUGCCUCAGCUCGACUCCCGCACUGUCUGCUCCACCCCCCCACGCCGCACGUACGGGGAGCAGGACACAUCCACGGAUAUUUUUUCCCAAAACCAAGAGGAUAUUCUGGAUGAAGUCUCAGGACUGACAGUGGAGAGCCUAAAUGAAACGUUGGACUCACCUCUCCAACUCCAGACCGAGAUGUUGACGUUUCGGAGCAGAUUUUCCAAACGCUCGACCGAGUCCAUCUAUGAGGCAUUACAGCUGAGCUCAGAGCAUGUGACUGGUUUCUGCCGCAGUCUCCACGACGUAAACACUCCUGAAGCUUCAUCCUCGUCAUCCUCGUCCUCCUCCCUGUCCCCUAGUCCAGUCUCUGCUGGCCCACCUGCUGUUGGCACAGCAACCCAGAAACAGCUCACACACGCAGACAAACUCCGCAAAGUCAUCAACGAGCUAGUGGACACUGAGAAAACCUAUGUCAAAGAUCUCAGGUGCCUCAUAGAGUGCUACUUGAAGCCUCUGCAGAAAGACAGCAUCCUAACACAAGAUGAGUUGGACGUCUUGUUUGGAAACCUCGGAGAGAUGGUGGAUUUUCAAGUGGAAUUUCUGCGGACUUUGGAGGAUGGGAUCAGAUUGGUUCCAGAUUUAGACUGUCUGGAAAGAGUGGAGCACUUUAAGAAAGUGCUCUUUUCUCUGGGUGGAUCGUUCUUGUAUUACGCUGAUCGCUUCAAAAUCUACAGCGCCUUUUGUGCCAGCCACACCAAAGUCCCCAAAGUCCUGGCCAAAGCAAAAACCGAUCCUGAUUUCAAGGCCUUCUUGGCUGAGAGAAACCCCAGACAGCAGCAUUCGUCCACGCUGGAGUCAUACCUGAUCAAACCCAUUCAGAGGGUCCUGAAGUACCCCCUGCUGCUGAGGGAGCUGUACUCUCUGACUGACCCAGAUAGUGAGGAGCACUAUCAUCUGGAUGUUGCAAUGAAAGCUAUGAACAAAGUGGCAAGUCACAUCAAUGAAAUGCAAAAGCUUCAUGAGGAAUAUGGAGCAGUGUUCGAUCAGCUCAUCAGUGAACAGACAGCCAAUAAAAAAGAGGUUCCUGACCUCUCAAUGGGAGAUCUGCUGCUCCACUCGACUGUGACCUGGAUCAACGCUCCAUCCUCUUUGGUCAAGAGCAAAAAGGACCCUGAGCUGGCUGCAUUUGUUUUCAAGACAGCUGUUGUUUUUGUGUACAAAGAGUCGUCCAAGCACAGGAAGAAAAUUGGCACAUCUCACCGAGCCUCCGUCAGUGACGACAAGGUUCCUUUCCGAUUCCGUCACAUGAUCUCAACUGACACUUUGCAAGUUCGUGUACCUGCAAAUUCAGAGGGUACACCCAUGUGUGAAGUUGUCCACACCAGGUCUGAAUCUGAGGGAAGACCAGAGACGACCUUUCAACUCUGCUGCCGAUCUCCAGAGAGUAAGAAGGACUUCCUGAAAGCCGUGCACUCCAUAAUCAGAGAAAAACGCCGUCGACAGUUUCUCAAAACAGAGUCUCUGCCUCUGAACCAACAGUACGUCCCAUUUGGAGGGAAGCGCUUGUGUGUACUGAAAGCACGGUCGUCCAUGAACAGAGCAGCCUCUGUUCCAUCACGAACUCUUGGCUGCAGAAAACUGGUGAGAAACCGCUUCACUAUCGAUACAGACCUCAUCUUCCAUGGCAACAACAACAGUCAAGAGUCUGAUCCUUCAGACCCCACCCACUACUCUCCUUCCUGUUCAACACCUUCCCAGCAUGCUUUUCUUCAGCCCUGCAAACCUCAGGGAGAGGACACGGACCGAUGGGUAGAGGAACAAUUUAACCUGGGAUCCUACGAAGAGCAAGCCGCUGUCACUCAAGUCAAAGAGACAGACAUUUUGAGUGAUGAUGACGAAUAUUGCAAGUCUGUGAGGGCAGCAUCUACAGAGCCUACUGAUUUAGAGGCAAAGAUGGAUGAACUUGACAUAAAAACAGAAAGAAACUGCAAUGAGGCUGGACAAAUAAACUCAAUAAGCUCUUGCAGUGUUGCUUUGUCUCAUUCCUCAGCACCGUCAUUGAAGGUUGCACCCUUAAAGCAGUGCGCAGUGGAAGAGGCAACGAAUAUGGACCAUAAAAUAAUCUGGGUGAGGCGAGAUGACCGCUGCAAUGGUGAUGUCUUUUAAUUGAUUGUUAAAAGAUGACCAUUGUUUUACCAAGCGGUUGAACAGAAAACAAGCUUUAAAUUAAAACUAUUAAUACUAGAGGAAGACUUGUGUAAUGGAUUCCUAUUGACUUGUUUCCCUGACAAUCCCAAAUGUACAGGGAGUCAAUUUAUGCUUUUAUUUUGUUGGAACUAGUUUAGAGACACAAGUUGCUUUGAUACACUCUAUUAUCUCACAUUAUCCUUGUAUGCGACUAUGUGAACAGCUGCACUGCAUGUUUACGCCAAUACAAAGUGCACAUACUGAAACAAAAGCACGUAAACGUAGGCAGCUAAUGCAUAAACACUGAUGAUUCUGGCCAAAAGAUGUAUAUUUUUCCACACAAAAUAAUGGGCGUUUUAUUUUUCGGACUCAAAAACUGUUUGUAUUGGAGCACUCAAGGGCUGUGUUACUGACUUUCACAUCAGGGGCGUCUGGCUCAACACCACUCAGCAGCAGAUGGUGAAAUCCAACUAGCUUUAUCGUGCUUUAAUUGUGUUAACUUAAUAUCAGCUGCACAUUGCUGUGUAUAGGCAGGCAGACAAUGGUGUGCCAUAAAUCUUGUCUACAAAAUGUGUUGCAGCUCACUUUGUCUCCUAGAUUACCUUUUACAAUAUAGUUUGGACAAUAUAUAGUCUACCUAUUUAAUAUAUGCCUUUUUACUGUAUUUUUACACUAACAAUGAGAUUCCCAGUGUUAAAAACUGUUUGUAAAUUGUAAAUGGUGCCAUAAGUCCUAAAACAACACUGUGUAACUUUUUUUUUUUUUUUUCUUUACCUGAAACUUGGUUCUACACUGUUGAUAACAUCCACUGGUCCCAGAACACAUUUACAACUUUAAUGCAUUGAUAAGCUGCAGUGCUUUUAUAAACAUAGGCCUUUGUGUUAUUUAUUAAUUAUUUACUGUUCUAAUUAACUGUGCAUUCAUGUUGUAGCCACAGCUGCCCUGGGACAAACUAAUACACGUGACUGUCAUUACCAGUCUAUGGCCUGUCCAAAUACCAUGCAAUAGGCAAUGAAGUUAAAACUUCAUGUGAGUGAUUGGAGAAGUGUCUUGCUCAAGGACGCUAUGACCAUGUUAACUGGAGUUACUACCAAACCAGCAACAAUUCUAGUUUGACCACAACAGCUUCUAUUAUGUCAAAUCUUAUAGUGUGCUUCUUUUCUGUGUCCCAUUUAUGAACUUAACUUGACUUCGAACUUAUCAUGAAUUUCAGGUUGGAUACUUAGUUACAGAAAGUUCCAUAGUGUUGUUUUACGAUGGAUGAGCUUGUGUCACAUGAAUGUUUAGUGUCCAUUUUGUGUUAAGGAAAUCUUCUCAUUGUUCUAUUGUUGUGCUGACUUGUCUUUAUUUUGAAUGCCGUUACAUUUACCCAUCACUAUCCUGUUUUACUUGAAUUUUCUUUGUUUUUAAGGAAUAUUUGACCGGAGCCAUGCUAGUGACUGUACUGUAGAUGGAAAUUCAAUCAUGCAGUUUACCCAUAGCCCUUAAACCUCUUGCGUAGUACCAGUCAAUGUCACAACUUUCCAAGAAUGCCAAUGCAACACCUGUAUUGUUAUGUCUCAUGCAUUUCCCCUCAUGACCACCAGGCGGGGCUGUUUCACUAUACUGUCACCACCUGCGCACAGCCUUGCACCUUAAUGGAUGUAUUGAACAGCACUUAUUAUCCAGUUUUGACAGGGGAUUCACACAUGGAGAGAUGCUGUUGUGAUGUUGAACGUUUAGAUUUGACCCAGACUGUGAGGUACAAUCUCCUUAGAGGCAAUAUCCUGUGAUAAAUAUGACCUUUUGUACUUUGACAAAACUGUUGUGGAGUGUCAUUUUUACGUCAACAAAAUACAUUUUA